CGGAGCGGCCCUGCCCUCGCCGCGCGGAGCUCACGGAGACAGGCGGAGAUGCGGCUGCUCCUGCUCCUGCCGCUGCUGCUGGUCCCGGCGCCCGCGUCCGCGGCUCCCCAGGCGAGGCAGCAGAGUGACACCUGGGGCCCCUGGGGCCAGUGGAGCCCCUGCAGCCGGACUUGCGGAGGGGGCAUCAGCUUCCGGGAGCGCCCCUGCUACUCCCAGCGGAGAGAUGGGGGCUCCAGCUGCGUGGGCCCCGCCCGGAGCCACCGCACUUGCGGCACGGAGAGCUGCCCCGACGGCGCGCGGGACUUCCGGGCCGAGCAGUGCGCGGAGUUCGACGGCGCGGACUUCCAGGGCCGGCGGUACCGGUGGCUGCCCUACUACGGCGCCCCAAACAAGUGUGAGCUGAACUGCAUUCCCAAGGGGGAGAACUUCUACUACAAGCACAGGGAGGCCGUGGUGGACGGGACGCCCUGUGAGCCCGGCAGGCGGAACGUCUGUGUGGAUGGCAGGUGCCGGGUUGUCGGCUGUGACCACCAGCUGGACUCGUCCAAGCAGGAGGACAAGUGUCUGCAGUGUGGGGGUGACGGCAUGACCUGCUUCCCCGUCACAGGCACCUUUGAUGCCAAUGACCUCAGCAGAGGCUACAACCAGAUCCUCAUUGUUCCCAUGGGGGCCACCAGCAUCCGCAUCGAGGAGGCUGCCGCCAGCAGGAAUUUCCUGGCGGUAAAGAAUGUUCGGGGGGAAUACUACCUCAAUGGGCACUGGACCAUCGAGGCAGCUGGGGCCCUGCCAGUGGCCAGCACCAUCCUGCAGUACGAGCGGGGCACAGAGGGGGACCUGGCCCCCGAGCGGCUGCAUGCCCGGGGCCCCACCUCGGAGCCCCUGGUCAUCGAGCUCCUCAGCCAGGAGCCCAACCCUGGCGUGCACUACGAGUACUACCUGCCCCUGCGCACCCCUGGUCCCGGCCCCAGCUGGAGCCACGGCUCCUGGAGCGACUGCAGUGCCCAGUGUGGUGGAGGUCACCAGUCCCGCCUGGUGUUCUGCGCCAUCGACAACGAGGCCUACCCCGACCACAUGUGCCAGCGCCAGCCGCGGCCGGCUGACCGCCGUUCCUGCAACCUUCACCCGUGCCCGCAGACCAAGCGCUGGAGGACAGGGCCGUGGACACCCUGCUCGGCCUCCUGCGGGGGCGGCUCCCAGUCCCGCUCUGUCUACUGCAUCUUGUCCAGUGGGGACAGCAUCCAGGAGGCCGCUGAGGAGGCCGAGUGUGCUGGCCUGCCCGGGAAGCCCCCUGCCACGCGGGCUUGCAACCUGCAGCGCUGCGCGGCCUGGAGCCCAGGGCCGUGGGGAGAGUGUUCUGUCAGCUGCGGUGCUGGCGUCCGAAGGCGGAGUGUCACUUGCAGAGGUGAUGAGGGGUCUCUGCUCCAUGCCACGGCAUGCCCCUUGGAGGAGCAGCCUCCCCUCACUGAGCCCUGCAUGCAUGAGGACUGUCCCCUCCUCGCUGGCCAGGCCUGGCUUGUCGGCGCUUGGGGUCUGUGCUCCAAGAGCUGCAGCUCGGGCACUCGGAGGAGACAGGUCGUCUGUGCCAUCGGGCCGCCCGGGCACUGUGGGAGCCUGCAGCACUUGAAGCCCGCGGAGAUGGAGCCCUGCAACACGCAGCCCUGCCACCUGCCCCAGGAGGUCCCCAGCACACAGGACGUGCACACCCCGCCUGGCCAUCCCUGGACACCUGUGAGCCUUCAGGAGCCCCCUGCCUCAGACUCCAGAGGCCAGCGGUGGGCAGACCAGGAACACCCCUCAGCCCAAGGUGACUCCUGGGGAGACCGGGGUUCCCCUCUGUCAUCCUCGGGCCUGGCCCCAGCUCUGCAGCAGUCCCUGCUCCAACAGCCCUCACGGUCUGGCUCGGGGCCCCAUGACUGCAGACGCAGCCCCCACGGGUGCUGCCCCGAUGGCCACACGGCAUCUCUCGGGCCACAGUGGCAAGGCUGCCCUGUGGCCUCGUGUCAGCAGAGCAGGUACGGGUGCUGCCCGGAUGGGGUGUCUGUCGCUGAGGGGCCGCACCAUGCUGGCUGCACAAGGUCUUACAGCGGAGGUGGUGACAAUGUGGGGAGCAGGCCAGGGUCAAGGGCAGUGGCUUCCACAGUCCCCAGCCCACACCGGCCCCAGGCCCAGCAGAGCGAGCCCAGUGAGUGCCGGGGCUCCCGGUUCGGCUGUUGCUAUGACCAUGCGGCCUCUGCGGCAGGGCCCCUGGGGGAAGGCUGCGUGGGCCGGCCCGGCUCCGCCUCCCCGGCGCGGUGCCUGCUGCCCAGCGCCCACGGCCCCUGCGCAGACUGGGCGGCCCGCUGGUACUUCAUUGCCUCCGUGGGCCGGUGUAACCGCUUCUGGUACGGCGGCUGCCACGGCAACGCCAACAACUUCGCCUCGGAGCAGGAGUGCAUGAGCAGCUGCAGUCCCGAGCCUGGCGCCUCUGGCCAGAGCACCAAUGCAGGUGGUGGCGGGGGCAGUCCUGGCAGCCAGCAGGAGCCCAGCCGGCACAGGACAGGCCCCACAGACCAGAGAAAGCCCCUGCCUUCUGGUAGCCCCCGGUGGCGAGACCAGGAGCCCGGGCCAGGGACAGCCCCCCAUCCCCCUGCCUUUGGAGAACAGCUGUGGGGCCGGGAGCUUGGGCCCAGGGACCCGGGACAGGGCGGGGAUGCCGGACGGCCAGCGCCUCCCUCUCACGGCUCCUCCUACAGGGUUAGCUUGGCAAGCUCGGAGCCCACCCUGGUGCAGGUGGCCCGGGGGCAGUUAGUGCGGCUCCUGUGUCCAGAGGACACCUCCCCAGAACCCCAGGCUGGGUGGCAGAAAGAUGGCCGGCCUAUCUCCUCUGACAGGCACAAGCUGCAGUACGACGGCUCCCUGGUCAUCAACCCGCUGCGGGCAGAGGAUGCGGGCACCUACAGCUGUGGCAGCACCAGGCCAGGCCGUGACUCCCAGAAGAUCCAGCUUCGAGUCCUGGGGGGUGACGUGGCCGUGCUGUCUGAGGCUGAGCUGAGGCACUUCCCUGACACCAGGGACCCAGCCCAGGGCCACAGUCCCCGGGACUCGGGCGUAGGGAGGGAUGCUGGGCGCCUGGACGCUGUCCCCUCCUCACACCUGCGGCCCACAGCCAGGCUGCGUUUGGACCGGAACCAGCCAGGGGUGGUGGACGCCAGUCCAGGCCAGCGGAUCCAGCUGACCUGCCGUGCUGAAGGCUUCCCGCCCCCAGCCAUCGAGUGGCACAGAGAUGGGCAGCCCGUCUCUUCUCCCAGACACCAGCUGCAGCCUGAUGGCUCUCUGGUUAUCAGCCAAGUGGCUGUGGACGAUGGUGGCUUCUACACCUGUGUCGCUUUCAACGGGCAGGACCGAGACCAGCGAUGGGUCCAGCUCAGAGUUCUGGGGGAGCUGAUGAUCACAGGGAUGCCCCCUACGCUGACAGUGCCGGAGGGCGACACGGCCAGGCUGCCGUGUGUGGUGGCAGGGGAAAGUGUGAACAUCAGGUGGUCCAGGAACGGGCUGCCUGUGCAGGCUGACGGCCACCGUGUCCACCAGUCCCCAGAUGGCACGCUGCUGAUCCACAACUUGCGGGCCAGGGACGAGGGCUCCUACACGUGCAGCGCCUACCGGGGGAGCCAGGCAGUGAGCCAGAGCACCGAGGUGAAGGUGGUCACGCCUGCACCUGCCACCCAGCCCAGGGACCCCGGCAGGGAGUGCAUCGACCAGCCGGAGCUGGCCAACUGUGACUUGAUCCUGCAGGCCCAGCUCUGUGGCAAUGAGUAUUACUCCAGUUUCUGUUGUGCCAGCUGUUCCCGCUUCCAACCUCAUGCUCAGCCCAUCUGGCAGCAAGGAUGAAGGCUAGCUCCAACCCCAGUUCCAAGAGAGUUCUUUGGGCUGGGGAGAAGAGAAGAUGGACUCUUGGCCUUUCUUUGGCUGGUAAAGGGAGUUAUAUUCUGGAGACCCUUGCCCUUUUGAAAAUCCACCCCGUGUUAGCCCCAGUAGUAGCCAGGACUGGCCUCCCUGUGUAGUAGUCAGCAGUGUUUGUGUCUCUGACAUAACCACAGCCUCCCGAUGAGUUGUCAAAAAAAAAAGGACUACUUUAUAGCUUGCCUUUAUAAUUUGUUACACAGAAUCAGUUCACU